AUGCUGACCGAAGCAUACAAACUCACGGCGACGGAAGUCAUCGCCAAAAUCCGAGAUGACCAACUGACAGUGGAAGAAUAUGCGGAGUCACUACUGGCACGCAUCAAAGAACGUGAUCCGAUUGUCAGAGGAUGGGUUUAUAUAAAUCCGGAUCAAGUGCUCGAUGAAGCUAGAAAACUCGACGAAAUACCCAAGGAGAACCGAGGGCCACUUCAUGGAGUCGCUGUAGCAGUGAAAGACGUCAUCUACACAAAAGAUAUGCCUACUCAGUUCAACUCUCCCAUUUACGAGGGUGACGCUCCCCAGGUGGAUGCAGCCAGUGUUAUCAUCCUGCGCAAAGCUGGUGCUCUGAUCUUUGGCAAAACCACUACGACAGAGUUUGCAGCUACCACUGAAGGGCCAGCUACCACAAACCCACACGAUAGCUCCCGUACGCCUGGAGGCUCAUCAUCAGGAUCAGGUGCAGUGGUUGGGGACUUUCAAGUGCCCAUUGCCCUUGGCACACAGACCGGGGGGAGCAUCAUCCGCCCGGCAUCUUUCAACGGCAUCUACGGUUUCAAGCCAACUUGGAAUUCCAUAUCGAGGGAGGGCCAAAAGAUGUUUUCGAUCAUCAACGAUACUCUGGGGUUUUAUGCCCGAAGUGUGGCUGACUUGAACCUGCUGGCCGAUGUCUUUGCUUUGGAAGAUGACCAGCCUCCGAACCCAGACGUUCUGCUUCAAGGGCUUAGGAUAGGUAUCUGCAAGACAAUGGUAUGGCCUAAGGCAGGUUACGGUCUGGUGGAUGCGAUGAUCAAAGCUAUUGAGCUCCUUCGUUCGAACGGCGCUACAGUAACCGAAAUCGAGUUCCCAGAUCAUCUUCAAGAUUUGCCUGACUGGUACUCCACCAUCUUCAACUCUGACGGAAGAACGGCAUUUUUACCCGAAUACAGACUGGAUAAGAGCCGUAUCGCGGAUCAGCUUGUCGGACACGUUGAGAAUCGCAAGAAAAUCUCUAGAGCUGCGCAGCUUAAAGCCUUUGAUGCCAUUGCGGCGGCAAGACCUGUGGUGGAUGAAAUGCUCAGUCAAUACGAUGCUGUCUUGACACCUAGUGUACCAGAUGAAGCGCCGGAAGGCUUAGAGUCUACUGGCAGCGCAGCAUUCUGCCAGAUAUGGACGGUUCUGCACAAUCCAGUCAUUAACGUUCCCGGGUUUCGUGGUUACAAUGGAUUGCCGAUUGGAUUAUCACUAGUUGCACCUAGAUAUCAUGACAGGAAGCUUCUUGCGGUGAGCCAAGUUGUGGGGAGAUUAUUCGAGGCUUCUAUUUGA